CUCCCCCCCCCCAACCUCCCGGCGUGGCGCCUCCCGCCGGUGCCUGGCUGCCCAAUUGACCUAAAUCGGCCAAGCGGGCGCGGGAGGGCGCGGCCCAUUUCUCCGGCCUGGCAUCUCCCUCCGGCCAAAGGAGUCUGGCCGGCUGGUCAGCGGCUGGCCUGCGUGGGGCGAUCAUGAGACCCUCCGGAACGGAUCCUCCUCUCGGGCGGGGCUCCCUGAAAUCCUGAAAGCGCGCAGAGGGCUCUGGCUGCCCAUCCAUCCCCUUGCCAGGAUGCCAGACCAAGCGUCGGGCAACGUCCAGGCCGCUUCGGCUCGGGUGUCCUCCUUCUUCAUCGCCAACCUCUUGGCUGCCCAAACCAAGCGGCGGCGGCGGGAGGACGAGGAGGAAGAGGAGGCCCCAGAGGAGACCCCGGCCCCCCGCGCUCAGCCCGGACGCCCCUGCGCCCUCGCUUGCUGCCAGAGCCCCGGAGCCCGCCUGGAACGGAGCUCGCCCCUGCGGGAAAGCGCCCUGGAGUGGUCGAGGGCCCGCAAGGCUUUUAGGAGCUGCGCCAGUCCGGAAACCAGCGACAGGGACUCUCCGGAGAUUGGCGAAGGAGCUACCCAGCAGAAGGCAAGUCGCCAGCAACGGGGGGCAGCCGAGAUUAACCCCGUCGAGGAUUGCCAAGAGCCGGGCCACGCGCAUCCCGGGUCCGCUGGGGCCGUCGGUGACAGCAAGCGGCAUCCAGAGGAGCCGGAGGCCGGCGAGGCUCGGGCUGGCGGGCGCAAGAAGAAAACGCGCACCGUCUUCAGCCGAAGCCAGGUGUUCCAGCUGGAGUCCACCUUCGACGUCAAGCGCUACCUGAGCAGCUCGGAAAGGGCCGGCUUGGCCGCCUCGCUGCGCCUGACCGAGACGCAGGUUAAGAUCUGGUUCCAGAACCGGCGCAACAAAUGGAAGCGCCAGCUGGCCGCCGAUCUGGAAGCCGCGCAGCUGCCUCCAUCCGCCGCCCAGCGCAUCGUCCGCGUCCCGGUGUUGUAUCACGACAGCUCGCUGGCGGGCAGCGCCUUGGCGGCCUUACCGCUCCCCCCACGGCCGCCCCCGCCGCCCCCGCUGCUCGGCCUCGCAGGGGGGCCGGUCGCUUAUCCGCUCAGCGCCUUCCCGGCGGCGGCGGCGGCGGCGGCCCCCUUCUUGCGGGCGCCGGUGAGAGGCCUGGUUUAAAGCCUCCCCCUUUUUGUCAAAUUUAAUUCGAUCAGAACUGAAUCGGAAGGGGUCCUUGGAGGUCAUCUAGUCCAGCCCCCUGCUCGACCGCUCUAUUCCAUUUCAGACAGGGGGCUGUCCAGGCUCUUCUUAAAGAUCUCCAAUGGUGGAGUGCCUACAACAGAAGAAGAAAAGAAGUUUAUCAGAGUUGGAAGGGACCUUGGAGGUCUUCUAGUCCACCCCUGCGCAAACAGGAGUCCCUUUACCAUUUCAGACAGGUGGCUGUCGAGGCUCUUGUUAAAAACCUUCAGCGAUAAGGAAGGACGGCAGAGUUAUAGAAGAACAGAAGAACAGAGUUGGAAGGGACCUUGGAGGUCAUCUAGUCCACCCCUCCUCAAGCAGGAGUCCCUUUACCAUUUCAGACAGGUGGCUUAUCCAGGCUCUUUUUAAAAACUUCCAGCGAUGGAGCUCCCACUCUGGAGCGGCGUGGGGAAGAUCCGCCCGACUUUCGCGCUUCAGCGCCAUCAGAAGUUUGGGGCGCUUGACUUUUCCUUCUCCGGAGAGCCCCCAUCCUAUCCACCCACCCACUCCGGUGGUUAUGGCGGAGCUGAGAAGGGGGAAUAUAUAUAUAUAUAUAUAUAUCUAGAAUUGCCUUGAACUCUUGCCCGCUUCGAAGACUCUAACCCCCAGCCUUAUCCUGCGGAAGGACGGUCUCUGCCGAGCCUUUAACUAACAAAAGCGAAAUUAAGACUUAGCAAAAGACGUUUUUCCCCCCCCCCAAUGGUCGAAAAUCGAUUCUUUCCCAGACCAAGGAAGGAAAACGCUCCCGGCUCCUAUUUUGCUCUACGAAUCCCUUCUUAAAAGUACAUUUUGAACGAAUGAUCGGCGUUUGUCGCUUCGCUUUCGGUUGGGAAAGCGGCCAUCCAUUUACAAAAAGCAUGUACGAUAUUUUUGUUUUGUUAAUUUAUGAUGCAAAGUAUGUUUAAAACCGCGAAUAAGGAUUUGGUUUUCCUGAAUUGUUCUGAAUGCUGUAUUAGAAUAUCCUAAAAAAAAAAAAUACUGUAUCAUAUUAUAGCUUAAUUCCGUUUUAAUUCUCGACGAAGAUAAAUUUGUUUCCACCCCGAUUCUGUUGAC